AGUACGCCGCCGACCGUUGAAGGUGGAUGGUCUUUUGUUUAUAAAUCGGGCGGUCUAUUGUGUUAUUUUUGUUUAUGUGAUCAGUUUUUCUAUGAAACAAAAUUUUGAAUCGAGUAAUCGACGUUUAUUGAUCCUAGACAUGGAUGUAUAUCGUUCGCAAAAUCAUCGAUAAACGAAUCAUGGUGAUAGAAUUGCAUCGAUAGAAUUUUCGAUUUUAUUCAGUAUUCGAUUAUUAUCGAUACUGUACGUUGAAUUAGUUGUAUUAGAGUAUCGAAUGAGUGGAUUUUUGAAGCUUAAUAUUUGGUGGAUGAUACGUGUGCAGUUCAAAUUGUUUCUUGAUUUUUCAUCAUUUAAAGUUUAUUGUGAAAGCGAAUAAUGAGCUUGUCACGAGUAGAAUUAAAAUAAGUCAUGUGAUGGAGAAAGUGUGAUAUAUUGACGAAUGUUUAUACGUAUAUUAUUUUCAGUGAAGUUGUGAAUUCUACGAGAAUGGUACAUAUUGUAUGACAAAAUGUAAAGAAUAUUUUUUGGAAGAAAAAUUGAAUCACAAUAAUAUGCAUGCAUAAAAGAAACAAAGAAGUUUAUCUGAAUGAUAUUUUUGUUGAUAAAAAUUAAAAAUAGGAAAUGAGAGAAAAGUAGGAAAGUGAAAACAAAAACGAAAGUGUGAACUGCAAUGUGCAAGAAAAAAAGUGAGUGUGCUUCUAUCAAGAAAAACAUAAGAGAAACACGGCAACGAUGACGGAAGGCGGACCUAACAUAAGCGACCUGAUGACGAAGAACAAGCAACGGAAUUGGCGGCGAUUUCUGGCCGGCUGCUUGGUCGCCGUGGUCGUGCUCGGCUUGGUCAUCGCGGCAACGGUUCUUCUAACCGGAAGCCCGGACUCCUCGGCCUCGAGGACCCCCCUCGCAUCUGGUAUCUCUCUGGAGGAGUGGCUCGCGGGCUCGUUAUCCCCAAAAAGUUUCAACGGGACAUGGAUCACCGGAAACGAGAUACUGUAUCGCGAUGAAAUUGGGAAUCUCUUGAUCUAUAACGUCGCAUCGAGAAAGCCGAGGAAAAUCCUGGACUCGUCUAAUAACGUGCUGAUAUUGAGUUUCGAUUAUCAACUGUCCGCCGACCGGAAAUAUCUUCUGCUGGCCAUCAACUACCAGAAGCUCUAUCGACACACGUACCUGGCCAACUACAAGAUCGUGAACCUGGACACCUUAUCGGAGAGCUCGUUGCCGGGGAACGAUUCGGUUUUUCUGCAACUGGCGAGUUGGGCACCGCGCGGCAACGCUUUGGUCUACGUGUAUCAAAACAACAUCUAUUAUAGGCCGGAAGCGGAAGUGGCCGUCGACUAUCAAAUCACGGACACCGGAGUCGUCGGGACCAUUUAUAACGGGGUGCCGGAUUGGGUGUACGAAGAGGAGGUGUUCGGUUCCAACAAGGCUUUAUGGUUCUCGCCGAGCGGCAAUAAACUGGCCUUCGGUUACUUCGACGACUCCCAAACACCGAUCAUAACGAUACCGUUUUACGGUUACCCGGGCAGCAUGUCGUUCCAGUACACGACCGCGAUCUCGAUCCAUUAUCCCAAGAGUGGCACGACCAAUCCUACGGUGAAGCUGUUCUACGUCGACUUAGAGAAAGUGAUCCAAGGUAACACGAACUUAACUGAAAUCGAACAUCCGAACAAGUUAUCCACCGAGGAACGGAUUUUAUCCGCUGUUGCUUUUCCUACCGAUAAUCUCGUGUACGCGACCUGGAUGAACAGGGUGCAAAACAGGGCGUAUUUCCAUUUCUGCUACGUCCACGGCCAGCUACCCAAUUGCACCACCGCGCUGACGCACAUAGAGAGCCACGGAUGGGUGGAACAGUUCGAGCCACCGAUGUUCAGCGAUGACGGGGACACGUUUCUUACGAUCCUGCCCAAAAGGCAACACGAUGGAAGUUACUGGAGGCAUGCAGUCGCAAUUACCAACGUUUCUUCGAGUACGCCGAGGAAAACCGCCCUCACUUCCGGCCGCUUUGUCGUCACGGAGAUAGUUUCUUGGGACCAGAAGAAAUCGUAUCUUUAUUACCUGGCCACGACGGAAGAGGAAUCCGCGGUGCAGCAUUUGUACAGGAUAUCGACGAGGGGCACGAGCAAGUCCAAGUGUUUGACCUGCGGUAUCGUUCGGGAAACGGACAGGAAUAGAUGUCUUUACAACACCGCCAAGUUUUCCACCGAUCACUCCAACUACGUGCUCACUUGUGCCGGGCCUGGAGUGCCUGACAUCUCCAUUUACAACAGGAAUUCUACGAAGAUGCUGACGUGGGAGGCGAACGAAGCAGUCUCCGAGAUUAUCGCGGAGAAAUCGCAACCGGUGGUGCGCCGUUUCAAGGUGCCGGUUCCCGGAGGAUUCGAAGCCCGUGUCAGACUUCUGAUUCCGCCGAACGCUGAUUUGUCGGGCGCCACCAAAUAUCCCAUGCUGAUCUUCGUAUACGGCGGGCCAGACUCGUAUCAGGUGACGGAGAAGUUCGACGUCGAUUGGGGCACGUAUCUUGUGACGAAUAAAAGCAUCAUCUACGCGACGAUCGACGGCCGUGGCUCCGGUUUAAUGGACAACGGUAUGCUGUUCGCCGGAUAUCGAAACUUGGGAACGGUCGAGAUCGCGGAUCAGAUCAACGUUACCAGGUACUUGCAAGACAAGCUUCCAUUCAUCGACCGUACCAGGACGGCGAUAUGGGGUUGGAGUUAUGGUGGAUACGCGACGGGAAUGACGCUCGCCAUGGAUUAUCACGGAGUCUUCAAGUGCGGCAUGUCCGUGGCACCUGUAACAGAUUGGGCUCUUUACGAUUCGAUAUACACGGAACGGUUCAUGGGUUUGCCUUCCGACAACUUGCACGGUUACGAGCAAGGUCAACUAUUGAACAAAGUGGAUAACAUUAAAACAAAGAUGUAUUACUUGAUCCACGGCACUCUGGACGAUAACGUGCACUAUCAGCAAUCUUUGUUGCUCGCCAAGGUUCUCGAGCAAAAGGAUAUUCUGUUCAGGCAACAGACAUACACGGACGAGGACCAUGGGAUCGCUCAAUCACGAGCUCAUCUUUAUCACUCGUUGGAAAAUUUCUUGGACGAAUGUUACGAAGCUUCAUGAUCACAGCGUCGAGGGAAAAUGACAAUCUAGAUCCUUUGCGCCACCUGCCUCACAUUCCACUUGUAAAUACCUUGCCACUUGUACAUAUUCGAUGUACAAUAUGUAAUAUGAAGCGUUAGUGUACAUAAUUGAAAAAGGAAAAAAAAAGAAAAAAAUAAUUAAAUACAUUCGAUUCAAACGUAAUAAAUAAAAAGAUAUCGUUCUUCUUUCGAUUCUUCAUAAUUAAUAACGAAGAAAAAUUUCAUAUAUUUGUAAUCGAAACAUAAAAAUAUGUAUUGUAAUCGAAGAUCGAAUAUAGGAAUUAAUUAUUUAGAAUGAGGAUAUAUUUAUACCUAUUUGCGAAUCGUUUGGGUCGAAUGUAAUUUUUGAUUGUUAAGAAAAUCUAGAAUUGGAGAAUUUUUUUAAUCUAUUUUUUUGGAGAGACUAGAUCGUUUAUCGAAGGCCUAAUGGGCUCGAAAAAUAUAAAUUUCUAGCCCUCUUAUGAAUAAAUAAUUAAGCCAACGUAUAAUUGCAUCUCGUGAAAACAUUUUUUAAAAGUAAGUUUCGUAAAAUGACAGAUGCAAUGCGUUGUAUAAUCGCCGAUAAUUCAAAAAUAAGACGAGAAUAAGACGAAUGUUUUUUGUGAGAUAUAUUAUAUUGUUAAUAAACAAAUGUUAUUAAAUAUUAUAACGAUAAAAAUUCGUACAUUCAAUUACGAAUUUAUAAGACAUGUUCCUCUUUCGUUUCAAGCGUUAUAUGCGAGGCAAGUGAGAAUUAUGUGAAAUGAAGUAUAAUUAAACUCUCUAGGGAGUGUUUUAUGAAAAAUAAAAAUAAGUAUCCGGCUCGGAUAUUGUUUAUCUCUGAAAGAAAGAAAGAUAACGAUAUCGUUGAUCGCAUAUUCAAUAUUCAAUACUUCUUUUUCUUUUAAUUUCUUUUUUUUUUUAAUUUCAAAACUUGGUGGUGUGGUAUAAGUUUUAUGCAAGAGAUUAUUUUCGCUUUUUUUUUUUACAUUAAUAACAUAAUAUUUAAGCUAGAAAUAUUAUAUAUGUUCUACAUUACAAAAAUAUUUUUUCAACGUUUAAAAUAUAAGUUGAUAUAAGUUGAAUGCAUCUAUAAGUAAAAGAACAUUAUUUGUUAAUUUUUUGUUAAUUUUAUCAAUGUUAGAAUAAAGAAGCCUGUUUAAUACUAUUAUAGUAAAACAUCUAUUGUAUAUAUAAUUAAGUUGCUGGACUGGUUGUUAAAAAAUUCCUCAAUAGAGCAUAUAUUUCUCUUUACUAUUAAAGGGAAUAUAAAAACAUUAUCGCGAUUAAUAUUUAACAUUUAAGUCUACCCUGGUAGUUUAACCAAUGUACUUUAAAUACAAAAAUUUUAUAAUGAAAGGACCACUAUAAUGGUUUCAAAGACAGAUUAAUAGGAAUUUCUCAAACUAAUUGUUAAUCUUUUAUUCCAAUAUAUUGUACAAAAUAUUUAAUCAAAUAUAUACAAUAAAAAUACAUUAUUACAAAAUUUUCAACCAUGCAUAAUUACGAAGAAUGUAAUGAUAAAUUAACAGUAUUACAUAAAAUUAUUAUAAUAAUGAUUAUUAUUAUUACUAUUAUUAUUAUUAUUAUUACUAUUACUAUUAUUAUUAUUAUUAUUAUUAUUAUUAUCUAUUCAUUGAUAUUUGUUAAGUGUAUUAUGAAUAAAGCUCUAUGUUUUAUUAACACAGA